AUGGAUGACGAGGAACGUAUCCAGUCGUCACCUACACCCACUCCCCAAAAAGCCGACUUCACGGCGAACGAAGGCGAAUCAUCACCUCUCCCAUCUCACACUCGACACGACAGCAUCUCUAGGAAAAGGACCAACGACGACGUCUAUAAACCCGUUGAGACUCCAAAGUCAAGUCCUAGAUCAGCACGCUUUCACUUGACCCGGUCUCAGCCAGGUAGCCCUACUAUUCUUGGGUCUCAGAAUACCACGACUGCUUCUGGACAAAAGCCAUCUCCAUCAAAAAUGUCUGGAAUUCCUCGAACGGAAUUUGGCAAAGAACUCUCAACCUCUGGACGAAUCCAUGGUAGUUUCGCGCAAGAAAUCAAGGACUACGAAAAGCGUCUGGAACAAGAGUUUCACGAUUUCGAGCGGUCAUUGAACGACAGAGAUUCCACAGCGGACCUCGAGCCUUUAGAUUGGAAUGAACUAGAAGCACGAUACAAAAAGGAGAUCAAACCUCAUCUUGAUACGGAACAAGAAAUCAUGACCGAGUUCAGUGCUCGAUUUCAGGUUGGAAUCCACUUGUACCGUUUUCAUUUACUCUCAUUAACGAGUGAACAGCAAUUUAUGCUCUAUAUGCAAGUCUCGAAUGAGCAAGAGACCGAUCGUGCUAUCAAGAGACUACGAACACGCAUGGCACUCGCCCAAAAUUCGGAACAAAGCCUGGUCAAGAAGCAGGAUCACCGUGGGACACUCCAGCUCUAUGUUGCCGAGACUAUCUACUGA